CGCCCUUUUGUGGGGAAUUCUGUUCCUGAUUUGCCCAAGUGCAAAUGCAAAUGCAAGUGCAGAUUCAAGCGACGCUUUGAACAGAACCUCAAUGAUUCUUCGACGGAAUUGUCAGCCGCCCCGCAGGAUGAUGGGCGGAAUAAGGGCGCCUGCGGAAUCAGCUCCCUGGAUGGCACUCCUCCACCUCCUAGAUGACCUAUCCUCGUGUCGCUGUGGAGGAACUUUAAUAACCUCAAACUUUAUCCUAACUGCCGCCCACUGCAUAAAGUUGUGUCCACGAAAUCAAGAGUUAAGGGUUUGCUUGGGAACCAAAAAUGUAACAUCGCCGAAUGACUGCUUGGAAAACUAUGGAAUCGAACGUAUUAUUAUGCACGAGGAAUUUAAUCUCUAUGAACAGGUCAACGAUAUUGCUUUGCUGAAACUCAACGGCUCAGUAAGGAAAUUAGGAUAUAUUCGGCCGGUUUGUCUACCCAUUCUCCCCGCCAGUCUGCAGAAAUUCCCAGAUUUGGGUGCAAAUUACCACAGCUUUGGAUGGGGAGUCACUGAGGACGGCAACCAGUCGACGGAACUCAUCCAAAUCCAAGUGCAGAGCAGCGAAUGUCCUUACUCCUCCAACGGCAUGUUCUUCUGUACCACAAGUCAUAAAGUGGACUCCUGCCAAGGAGAUUCCGGCGGACCGAUGAUAGCGCAACGCCUCCAGUUUGGGAUCAUCGCCCAUGGAAGAAUCGAGUGCGGAUCGGCAGGCGGAGCCUUCAACACAAACGUCUCCUACUUCAUGCCGUGGAUUGUGGAGCGACUGGCAGAACACCUUUAA